AUGGGGUGUUGUUGUAGUUGUUUGAGUGAUGCCAGCGAUGAUGCUAGCGUGCUUCCCAUUGCAGAUAACGAGCGCGAAGCGGUAACUUCUUUGCUCGGGUAUCUUGAGGAUAAGGACCGGUUUGAUUUUUACAGCGGUGGUCCGCUUAAAGCGCUCACUACAUUGGUGUACUCGGACAAUCUGAACUUACAACGCAGCGCAGCGCUAGCGUUUGCAGAAAUUACUGAAAAGUACGUGCGACCCGUAAAUCGGGAAGUGCUGGAACCCAUUCUGAUCUUGUUGCAGAGCAGCGACUCCCAAAUCCAGGUUGCUGCCUGUGCAGCACUCGGUAAUCUCGCCGUAAACAACGAAAACAAAAUCUUGAUUGUCGACAUGGGCGGUCUAGAGCCUCUAAUCACGCAGAUGAUGAGCAGCAAUGUCGAGGUACAGUGCAACGCGGUCGGUUGCAUCACUAACUUGGCCACGCAGGACGAUAACAAAGCCAAGAUUGCAAUUUCGGGUGCACUUGUGCCGCUCACCAAGCUUGCCAAGUCUAAAAACAUCCGGGUUCAGAGAAACGCCACCGGUGCAUUGCUCAACAUGACACAUUCGGGUGAAAAUAGACGUGAACUUGUCAAUGCUGGUGCGGUACCGGUCUUGGUAUCUUUGUUAUCCUCUGUUGAUGCCGAUGUGCAGUACUAUUGUACAACUGCGCUUUCCAAUAUUGCGGUUGAUGAAUCAAAUCGUAAAAAGCUUUCGCAAACGGAGCCCAGGUUGGUUUCCAAACUAGUCGCGCUCAUGGAUUCUCCCUCAGCACGCGUAAAGUGUCAGGCCACAUUAGCUUUGAGAAACCUUGCUUCCGACACAGGAUAUCAAUUAGAGAUUGUGCGUGCCGGCGGCCUUCCUCAUUUGGCCAAGCUUAUUCAAAGUGACUCAAUGCCUUUAGUGCUGGCCAGCGUGGCGUGUAUCAGGAACAUAUCCAUUCACCCACUAAAUGAAGGACUGAUAGUUGAUGCGGGCUUCUUGAAACCUUUGGUCAAGCUAUUGGAUUUCAAAGCUUCAGAAGAGAUUCAAUGUCAUGCAGUUUCAACGUUGAGAAAUUUGGCAGCAUCUUCAGAGAAGAAUAGACAAGAAUUUUUCGAAAGUGGAGCUGUCGAAAAAUGCAAAGAACUGGCUCUUGACUCUCCAAUGAGUGUUCAAAGCGAAAUUUCCGCUUGUUUCGCCAUUUUAGCGUUGGCAGACAAUUCUAAAAUUGAUCUCUUGGAUUCAAACAUUUUAGAGGCUCUCAUACCAAUGACUUUUUCUAAAAACCAAGAAGUUUCAGGUAAUGCUGCCGCGGCUUUGGCCAAUUUAUGCUCAAGAAUUAACAAUUAUACCAGAAUUGCGGAAUCGUGGGAAACGCCCGGGGAUGGUAUUCGUGGAUUCUUGAUAAGAUUUCUGCGCAGUGAAUAUCCGACGUUUGAACAUAUUGCGCUCUGGACCAUUUUGCAACUAUUGGAAAGCCAUGACGAGACGAUUUUCAAACUCAUCAAGGAUAACAAGGAAAUAAUUAGGAGCAUAAGGCACUUGUCAGACGUGAACUUCGAGAGUGCUCAAAAGGCUUCCGUUGCCAUGAACUCUCAAAGCGGGUCGGGCUCAGCUUCUGAUCAAUUCGACAAUGCUAGCCUCGAGCUCUACAACAUCACGCAGCAAAUCAUUCAAUUUAUAGAUUGA